AUGCCUCCAAGAAGAAAGAGACGUCUUUCCCCCACCCCAACACGUGUGUCCAAGCGUACUAGACAGACACUCGACCAACCCAAACCUCGAGAUGCAACAAUUACCACCCCAACCUCAACCUCAGACAAAAUCCCAUCCGAAUCGUCAGAGCUUGAGCUCGACUAUGAUAUCCCAGAGGUAAUCAGAUCCAGACCGUAUUCAGGGUCGAAGAAUCCGCGGACCCAGCUUGCGUUGGGCCUCCCGCCACUGCACAGGCUCUCUGAUAUUUACAAGUCACUUACAACCAGAGCACUUGAGCUGGAUUUUGAUGAAUUUCUAUCCCAUCUGGGAUCCCAACAGCUACGCGUGGUUACAGUGUGCUCUGGCACUGAAAGCCCACUGCUGGCGCUGGAGAUGAUUCAAGAGAAUCUGCAGAAAUAUUCCAACCGAGACUUUCAAUUCCGCCAUCUUUUUAGCGCGGAGAUUGUGCCUUUCAAGCAAGCCUACAUCGAGCGCAACUUUCACCCUCGUUUUAUCUUCAGGGAUGUGGCGGAGCUCAAGAACAGAGUGGCUCAAACUGCUUACGGCUCACUGGAGAAAAUCCCUAAGAACCCGGAUAUCCUGAUCGCGGGGUUCUCUUGCGUUGACUUCUCCGGCCUAAACAACAAGCGCAAAACCCUCGACGACAAAGGUGAAUCGGGAGGUACAUUCUGGGGCAUCAUCCGCUACGCUAAGACAUACCGGCCGCGGAUGGUGAUUCUGGAGAACGUGAAAACAGCGCCGUGGGAUAAGAUCGAGCAGCACUGGAACGAAAUCGACUACUUGACCGUUCACGCGGAUGUAGACACCAAGGCGUAUUACCUCCCGCAAACGCGGGAGAGAGGGUACAUGUUCUGUGUGGAUCGAAAGCUCAUGACGCGGAAUAAUCUCACGGAAGAAGAUAUGCUCGGAUGGGCGGAUGUGUUCGGUGCCUUUAAGCGUCCUGCGAGCUCACCGGCCGGUAUGUUUCUCAUGGAUGCUGAUGAUAGGAGACUCGAGCAGAUUGAAAAGGACAUGGCGAUUCGAAUCACCUCGUCGGUAUCUAGGGCGACGGUAAACUGGGCGAGGUAUCAGGUCCGACAUCAGAGCUAUCGAUUGAACCAAGGUCUCGGUCAUAGACGGCCUGUCAGCAAAUCCCAGGACGAUGGGACUUGCCAGAUGCCCGAUUUUGCCUGGCAGACUUGGGUCAAGUCCUUGCCGGAACGGGUUUGGGAUACGAUUGAUGUUAAUUUCCUGCGCAAGCUUGUUGAAGGCUAUGAUAUGAAUUAUAAAGAGAGAUGCAUCGAACUAUCUCAAGGCGUUGAACGGGAAAUAGACUCUCGUGCGUAUGGAAUUAUCGGUUGCAUUACCCCCUGUGGGAUUCCGUACAUCACUACACGAGGAGGACCUCUAUGCGGCCUCGAGUCUCUCGUUUUGCAAGGCUUACCUUUGGAUAGACUUCUGCUGACACAAGAGUCACAGAGGGAGCUGCAGGAUCUUGCUGGGAAUGCGAUGAGCUCCACGGUUAUCGGUGCUGCGAUCCUCUCAGCCUUGAUAGUCGGGCACAAGGUCCUAAAGCAGGGCCAAACCCUGUCAGCUCCAAAGACAGCGGCUGCUAAACGCAGAAACAUCGUACCGAGAGAAGACGACAUAUUAGUACCAAGUAACAUCCGGCUCGGUUCCAGUCUUGAUGUGGAUCUCUCAGCGCUCCAAAAGCACGCCGCAAGCAGUGCGAGAUACUGCAUGUGCGAACGACAAACCUCAAUCGAGGCAAACAUUUUGAAAUGCACAUUAUGUGGCCAUGCUGCGUGCUCAAGCUGUGGUGGCAACCCGCCGCAUGCAUACGAACGUUGGACUGGUUUGGUACGCAGCCCACCAUUGGAUUUUGCAGCGGAGCUACGGGACAUUUUGCCAUCUAGAUUGGUAGUCUCUGGUAUAUCACCUGAGAGCUAUAUCGGUUUGGAGCAGGAACUGCCUCCGGGGUGUCUUUCUGGUGUCUGGAAAGAUUUUUUGGAUGCUGUUACUCGAGCUGUUGGAGAUGAACUGCGCUUCUUGGAGAUCAAGCGGAGCGAGGUUUGGACCGUGGUUUACGAAGGGAAGUUCUCCAUCUUGAGCCUCGUCAUCGAAGGAACCACUAUCCAAUGGCUCUUCUUUGCAAAGCCGCGUGAAACCGAGCCCGCAUUGUGUCUCAUCCGUGAGAUUCUGUCAACCCCAAUUGCACGCAUGGUGCCCUAUUCGGGUUCUAUUUUGGAAGGCACCUGGACUAUAUGUUCACCCCUUAGCUCAAGCUGUACAUUGGGAUUUUCUGGAGCGGGCAAUCGGAGUCAAUCCUACGAAGCGAAAUGUGGCUUGGAACUGGAAGAGUAUACGGAUUCUAAAGUUUGGACUCAACUCAAUAUUCAGGGCACGGAUGAAGAUGUCAAAGACCUCGAAACUGACAUUCGAGGAACCUACGACCUGCUUCCAGAUUGUGGCACCGCAAAUGCAUGCUUGCAUAGGCGAUCAGCUGUCGGGGACAACCCGGCAGUGUACCUGUUUCUGGACCCGACUAAGCUGGGAGAACCGAAGAACGAUUCGUUUGUCUUUUCUUUGGAGCAUCGACGCAACUUUGGGUAUUCAACACGAUUGAAAAUUGCGGAGGUCUCUCACAAGUGGCGCUCAUCGAAGGCUACUGAAACGGACGAGUUUGUGACCGUGUACUACCGCAAGUGGGUUUCUGUUCGGACGGCCAUGCUGGCUUCCUCCGACGUGCGCUCUUCUAUCAGAUAUCACAAUCUAGAUCCAGCUGCGUUCGUCUCCAUCAGCGACUCAGGCUGUCGCCAUGCCAAUGUCACCUUGUUGUCUUUGGCAGCUCCAGCAACCACCAUUCGUUCGGCCUGGAAAAGCACCGCUUGGGACGUUAUAGAUCCUGCCGACUCUCCACACUUACUGAAAGAGCUUACUUGGUUAUUGCAGAAACCGGCUGGGGUCCCCGACUUUAGAGACUGGAAGCCAGUUGCGAGUUCCCUGAUUUCGCCCGAGGAGGAAAAAGUCUGCACUGUCUGUGUGCCUCCGAAACCGAAGCUCCUAUGGGGCCGUAAUAGAAGAGGCUGGACUAAGGUAUACGAAGAUCCACACGAUGCAGCCCUCUACGAACGCCAAAUCAAGUCCCGGCCUUCUCCUUUCUUGAUCUUUUGUCGAGCUGAGGAGAAUGGACUACUGGGCCAUCUUCGUGUUACUCUCAAUAUCCAAACCCUCCUGCACCAGGCAUUUGCUAAAUUAACCCAAGGGAAACAGACGGGUGAGGUUUCCUUCAAUUGGCGUCUGGUUCCUAAUUCGUAUGACACAAGGAACUUGACCUUUCCAAACUUCAGCCUCAAAAGCAACCGGGACGAUAUCCAGAGUCUGCAGCCCCCAGGAUUUCUCCUGGACUUACGGCCAGAACAACUACGAUCUUUGUCGUGGAUGAUAAAGCAAGAGCAAGACGAUGUCAAAGCCUUUGUUGAAGAGGAAAUUGAAGAAGCGCUUCUUCCAUCGUUGCUAUGGCGUGCAGAAGGAAGGGCAACGACUUUGAAGACUGUCCGCGGAGGUGUUCUAGCAGAUGAUGUUGGAUAUGGCAAAACAGCUAUUGUGCUAGGACUGAUUAACAGCCAACAUGAGAUAGCCACCGCGGCUGAGCCUACAGCUGGAUUCAUCCCGAGCAAAGCAACAUUAAUUGUCGUCCCUCAUAUAAUGAUUCAACAAUGGCAAUCGGAAAUUGUCAAGUUUCUGGGUACCAAAUACCGAGUGCUUGCGUUCCAGUCAGCAGUGGCUUUAACGAAAGCAAGUAUUCGAGAUAUCAGCAAUGGUGACAUUAUCCUGGUAUCCUGGGCAGUGUUCAACAGCCCUGGCUACUAUCAGCGCAUGCAAAAGUUCACUGGGACUCCUCGCGUUCCAGGAAAGGCGGGACGGAGUUUCGACGAGUGGUUCGCUGCUGCCCAGGAAUCGCUGGGGGAACACGUUCAAGUCCUCAUGGAUCAAGGCCCCGGUGCAUUUCUUGAGGCUGUACGUGCGAAACGCGAGAAAGUCAAGGACGCCCAGGAGAAUUACACAUAUCUUCCAUCCACGCGGCUAAGAGGCAAGCAGUACGAACUGGCCAACAAGAAUGUGGAGCCGGGGACCAAGAGCGCUAUGCCUUAUGCUGAAAUAUCUAGUGAUGAUGAUGAAGAAUCUGAAAUAAGCGACGAGGAAGACCCGGAAGUUCUCAGGGCAAGAGUGGACAGAUUCCUGAAUCUUAUCCCAGCCAGAUCGCUAGGAGCGAAAGAUGGCGCGUUGGCUAUGGCUUCAACAGACGAAGAUACCGAGUACGAGGAUUCUUCGAGUGAGAAACACGUAAGGAAGAAACAGAGCGCAAAAGCAAAGCCCAAGCCCAUAUCAAGCAGAUGGGAUGACCGCAAAGAAUUCAAUAUCAGCCAAAACAGCAAAUCCCAACCCUGGGAAACAGUCAAAGUCCCGCUUCUCCACGCGUUCGAAUUCAACCGUCUGGUCAUCGACGAGUUCACCUACGCAAACACCGACCGACUCAAUCCACUUAUUGCACUACGGGCCAAGUCGAAAUGGGUUCUCUCCGGAACGCCGCCUCUCAAUGACUUCGCUGACGUGAACACCAUAGCACCCUUCCUUGGGGUGCACCUUGGAAUCGACGACGAGGACAUGCAGACCCAGAACAAACGGCUCAGGGCGCUUCGUAAACAGCGCUCGCAGGCAGAGACGUUUCAGUCCUUCCGCGCUCCGAGGAGUGAAGCAUGGCACAGGUGUCGGCAUGAAAUGGCACAGAAGUUUUUGGAUCAUUUCGUCAGGAGGAAUGUCGCGGAAAUUGACGAGAUCCCGUCCUCCGAGCAUAUUGUUCUCAUCCAGCAAUCGCCCGCAGAGAAGGCCAUAUAUCUCGAGCUGUACAAACAAUUGAUGACCUACAACAGACAGCUUCGCCGAAGCGGCCGAGGACGAUUCGGAAGCGACCAGGCGACCAGGGUCGAUGAGAUUAUCAGCGGCAGUUCGACGGCCGAGGAGGCGUUGCUGAAGCGAUGCACAUCUCUCGCGCUGCAGGGCCGCUGGGUGAACGGAAACCCAGAGGUCACCACCUGCCAGUCUCUGAUAAAGAUCCGCGAGGAACAGCUUGCAAAACUACACGAGGACCUCGAGAAGAAGCUCCGGCUGGCGGCAUGGGUUUACUGCGCCUGUGACGUGAAACAUGAGAACUUCCACAACUUCAUCGAGAGUAUCGUCAGACACGAUUUCGGUGACAUGACCGUGACAGGGCAAGUCUACCCUCUACUCAAGACUGCAAUCCUCACGUCCGAACCAGACGACUGGAGACCGUUCUUCGCUUCUCCAGCACAAGCCAAACCCUCUCCUAUAGACGAUGCAUCAGACACCGAGCCAAAAGAAACCGAUGUCGAAGACACCACCGUGGAGAAGCCAAAGAACCCCCCCAAACCCGCACCAAAGAAAUCAAAGGAGAUGCCACCACUCCUCCCGACAAGACCAGUCCGAGCCAGGGAAUUCGAACCCACCCUUCGAGAAAUCACAACCACUCUCCGCAAUCUCAUCGUCGAAUGGGUCCUCCGGGAACGAGCACUGCGUUUCCUCAAAACCAUCCGCCAGGUCCAGACGAGUCCCGAGAUUCUCCCAUGUCAACGAGGAUGCAAGGACCACAGCAACAGCCAAAUGAACAUCCUAGGGUCCUGCGGCCACCUGCUCUGCUCGGCCUGCAUCCCAGAUACAAUCCUGAAAGAAGAAUGCCCUGUCGAAGGCUGCCGUGGCUCCGGGAAACGAUUCAACAUCAUCAGCGCGUCUUCCCUAGGAUGUGACCAAGAAGACACAAGUCCGCAGUACGGCGGCAGCAAAAUCGACAAACUCAUCGACAUAAUCCGGGGCAUCCCUGCCGACGAACGAGUGCUUCUAUUCAUCCAGUUCCCCGAGCUCAUGGAGACAGCAUCCAAGGCGCUCCAAUUAGCCGGGAUAAAGCACACGAGCAUCUCAGCCACAGACCGGAAAUCGACGCAGAAAGUUGAGAAGUUCCAGAAGACCAGUUUUGGAGAGGAUAAAGUGCUGAUUUUGAAGCUGGGGAGUGAGAUGGCGGCUGGGCUAAACCUACAGUGUGCAAACCACGUCAUCUUCCUCUCGCCGCUUCUUGCGCAAACGCAAUACGACUACGACUCCGCCAUGAUCCAGGCAAUUGGGCGGGCUCGUCGAUACGGACAAACGAGACAUGUCCAUGUUUAUCAUCUGCUCGCGAAGAUGACGAUUGACGUGAAUAUAUUCCAGGAUCGCCGUGGGGGAAAGGUUCUGAUAGAGAGAGACGGUGAGGCUGUUCUUGUUUCCAAAGAUGACGACGCUGUAGAGUCCGAGGCGAUCAGUUGUCAGGGUCCGUCGUUGCUAGUGGAUAAUGCGUUUUGAUUCGGAUCUUGUAGAAGCUGAACUUUGGAAGGGGUAGUGGAUAUGGGUCGAAUAUUUUGACUCUUUGUUGCUUCUUGUUAAUUUGUUCGAGUUGUGUGCGUGAGUGAGAGUGAGAGUGAGAGAGAGAGAGAGAGAGAUGAUAAUCUAGUAGAUUCAACACGCAAUAUGAAAGGAAAAGAAACCUA